AUGACACGCAAUGACAUAGUGAGGUGGGUGGCCAAAGCCAGGGCUGCCCGCCGCCCAGCCAGCGUCUGCUGGGCGGGGGCUAUGACCAAACGGCAACAAGCAACUCGCAAUCGCUCGCCCUACGCCUUCGCUCGCUCAUCGAUCCAACUCUCUUUCAUCCUCUCUCUCUCGGACACCGCACACCCUCCUCCCCACCGCAAACGUCUCUCCUUCAUCAUGUCCGGGUGGUUCUCCUAUUUCACCGGCCGCAAGAAUGUCAAGGAAGGAGCCCGUGACUCGAUCAUCAACCUCCGCCAGAGCCUGCUGACCCUCGAGAAGAAGGAGGAGUACCUCAACAAGCAGAUCGAGGAUGACCUCAAGAAGGCUCGUGCCAAUGCUACCACCAACAAGCAGGCAACUCGCAAUCGCUCGCCCUACGCCUUCGCUCGCUCAUCGAUCCAACUCUCUUUCAUCCUCUCUCUCUCGGACACCGCACACCCUCCUCCCCACCGCAAACGUCUCUCCUUCAUCAUGUCCGGGUGGUUCUCCUAUUUCACCGGCCGCAAGAAUGUCAAGGAAGGAGCCCGUGACUCGAUCAUCAACCUCCGCCAGAGCCUGCUGACCCUCGAGAAGAAGGAGGAGUACCUCAACAAGCAGAUCGAGGAUGACCUCAAGAAGGCUCGUGCCAAUGCUACCACCAACAAGCAGGCCGCCACGCAUGCUCUCCGACAGAAGAAGCUGCAUGAGGACCAGCUCGACAAGCUGGCGGGCAUGCGACUGACGCUCGAGACGCAGAUCAACGCUCUCGAGUCAGCCAACCUGAACGCCGAGACGAUGGCGGCGAUGAAGCAGGGUGCGGACGCCCUCAAGUCGAUCCACCAGACUCUCAAGGUCGACAAGGUCGACGAGACGAUGGACAGCAUCCGGGAACAGAUGGACGUUGCGAACGAGAUCUCGGAAGCCAUCUCGAACCCUGUCGGAAUGGGCGCGACGAUCGACGAGGACGAGCUGCAGGCCGAGCUCGAGGCGCUCGAGCAGGAGGAGCUCGACGACCGCCUGAAGGGCGCCAACCACGUUCCCUCGCACAUGCCCGCGCUGCCCGCGAGCCCGAUCCGCCAACACGCGACCGCGGACGAGGACGACGAGGAGGCCCAGCUGCGCAAGCUCCAGGCCGAGCUCGCCGGAUAA